AUGUUUCGAGACCCUUUCAUUCUUGAUCCCAAUAAAGUGGUGCUGUGUGAAGUGGUUGACAGCAACUGUGUGCCCUACGGAAAUAAUCAGCGUUCACAAUGUGCUAAAGUCAUGGAGGCAGUAAGAGAAUUUCAGCCCUGGUUCGGGAUGGAACAGGAGUACACACUGUUUGGUUUGGAUGGACGUCCCUUUGGUUGGCCUCCUUUGGUUGGAUUCCCAGCAAUAGCGAAUUGUGCUGUGGGCAUUGACAAAGUGUAUGGGAGAGACAUUUGUAUCUGUCACUAUAAAGCCUGUCUGUAUGCUGGUGUAAGGAUCUGUGGCACAAAUGCAGAAGCAUUAGCGUCCCAGUGGGAGUUCCAGGUCGGCCCAUGUGAAGGGAUUGAAAUGGGGGAUGAUCUGUGGAUGGCCCGCUACAUUUUGCACCGUGUCUGUGAAGACUUUGGAGUUGUUGCCUCCUUGGAUCCUAAACCCAUCGAGGUCGACGUUGGUACAGCAGGCUGUCACGCCAACUUCAGCACCAAGGAGAUGAGGAGCCCAGGGGGACUUCAGUACAUUAAAGAUGCAAUCAGAAGACUGAGCAAGCGUCACUCUCAGCACCUCCGUGUUUACGAUGCACACAAUGGCGCUGAUAACAUGAGUCGCCUCAACAGUCAACUCUCCACCUCCAGUUACAAUGAAUUCUCUACAGCAAUAGCCUCUCGUGCUGUUAGUGUUCGCAUCCCUGGCCAUGUCAGUCGGAUGGGCUGUGGGUACUUUGAGGACCGACGUCCUGCUGCCAACUGUGACCCUUACACUGUGACGAGAGCUUUGGUUGAAACCUGUCUGCUGGAAACUCCUGGGAAAGAUGAUGAUGUGCAAUAAUGUAUUGCCAACUCAUGUGCCUUUGUGAAAUUUUAAAUUACUCUGACUCAUGUGCGAGUCCAAAUGCAGUAGAUUUGUGUUGCAUGAAUGAUGUGAAACAUUAAAAAUAAGGUAAAUUAUAA